AUGUCAGACGUAGUGAUGGAAGACGUGGUGGACGAGACAAUGAGCCAGGACGAGCUCGACACCGAGAAGAUCAAGCUGCUGCCCGGCUCGACGCCCGACGGGACCGCGGCCUCGUUCCAGAUCAGCGAUGAGGACCACACGCUUGGAAACGCACUUCGGUACAUGGUGAUGAAGAACCCAGAGGUGGAGUUCUGCGGGUACUCGAUUCCGCACCCGGCAGAAAGCAAGAUGAACAUCCGGAUCCAAACAUACGGCGGAAUGAGUGCCGUGGAGGCGCUGCACAAGGGACUGGACGACCUGGUCGACCUUUGCACGCAUGUGGAGGACGUUUUCGGGGAGCAGAUCAGCGCUAGAAAAAACAGGUUUGGCAGAGAUGACCGCAAUGGCAGCUACGGACGUAGAGACGAUUACGAGUUGGGUGCUAAUUUGACUAAGCCUAACUUUGAUCUCGAAACUUUGCCUAAAUUUGAAAAGAAUUUUUACAAAGAGGCCGAUGCCGUUGCUUCGCGGUCUGAAGAUGAGGUGGCUGCGUUUAGAAAAGAGCACGAUAUGACGGUUUAUGGUAAGGACAUCCCAAGACCAAUCACUGGCUUUGACGAGGCUGGGUUCCCAGACUACGUUUUAAAGGAGGUGAAGGCUCAAGGAUUUCCUAACCCUACUGCCAUCCAGUGUCAAGGAUGGCCAAUGGCCCUUUCUGGACGCGACAUGGUGGGUAUUGCUUCGACAGGUUCCGGUAAGACUUUGUCUUACUGUUUGCCUGCUAUUGUGCACAUCAAUGCCCAGCCCCUUUUGCAGCCUGGCGAUGGUCCUAUUUGUUUGGUCCUGGCUCCAACCAGAGAACUGGCGGUUCAGAUCCAGAAAGAGUGCUCCAAGUUCGGACGUUCUUCCAGAAUCAGAAACACCUGUGUCUACGGAGGAGUUCCUAAGGGCCAACAAGUGAGAGAUCUUGCCAGAGGAGCAGAAAUCUGUAUUGCCACGCCUGGCCGUCUUUUGGACAUGCUGGACUCUGGUCGCACCAACCUCAGAAGAGUGACCUACCUGGUUCUGGACGAGGCCGACAGAAUGCUGGAUAUGGGAUUCGAGCCCCAGAUCCGUAAGAUUGUCGACCAGAUCCGUCCUGAUAGACAAACUCUGAUGUGGUCGGCCACAUGGCCCAAAUCUGUCCAGUCAUUGGCCAGAGAUUACCUCAAGGACUACAUUCAAGUCAAUGUUGGAUCUCUGGACCUGGCAGCCUCCCACAACAUCAAGCAGAUCAUCGACGUUUGUUCCGAGUACGAGAAGAGAGACAAGCUCGCCAAGUACUUGGAGUCCGCCAUGGAGGACAAACAAGCCAAGGUGAUUGUGUUUGCUUCCACCAAGAGAACAUGUGACGAGAUCACCUCGUACAUGCGUGGAGAGGGCUGGCCAGCGUUGGCUAUUCACGGCGACAAAGAGCAGAGGGAAAGAGAUUGGGUUUUAAGCGAGUUCAGAUCCGGUCGGGCGCCUAUUAUGGUGGCCACGGACGUCGCUGCCCGAGGAAUUGACGUCAAGGGUGUCACCACGGUGAUCAACCAUGACAUGCCUGGUAACGUGGAGGACUACGUUCACCGUAUUGGAAGAACCGGCCGUGCUGGAGAGAAAGGUACUGCCAUCACUCUCUUCACCCAGGGUAACUCCGGCCAGGCCCACGAUUUGAUCGUGAUUUUGAGAGAGGCCAAGCAGGACAUUCCUCCUGAGCUGCAGGCUCUUGAUAAGAAGGGCAACAGAGGUAACGGAUACGGUUACGGACGUGGUGGUUACGGCAGAGGCCGUGGUGGUUACGGAAGAGGCCGUGGCAGAGGCGGUUACAGAGGCGGUAACAGAGGUUACUCGUCGAGCGGCAGCAAUUCCAUGCCGCUUGGAAACAGUAGAUUUUGA